AUGUCGCAACCGGAAAAGGACACUGGCACCCCGAGCGACCCCGAAGCCGUUGGCGACGUCGGUGGCUUGGGCGGCUUUUACGGGGGAUACUCGCGGAAAGCGUCGCUCUUCGGUGGUAAAGACGUGUACAUCGGUCCUCGAAUCGGCCCCGUCAUGGAGCACCUCAAGGGCAAAGAUGGCAGCGCGCCCGUGCCGACGGAUUCCAAGGACGAGUCGACGGCCAACGUCAUUCUCAAAUCUCAGCUCGAGGCAGAGGACGGCCACGCUAUCCAGUACCGGACGUGCUCGUGGCAGAAGACGGCCGGACUCCUAUUCAGCGAAUACAUCUGCCUGGCCAUCAUGAGCUUCCCCUGGUCCUAUAGCUACCUGGGCCUCUUCCCCGGAAUCCUGUUUACCGUCUUCGUCGCCAUCACUGUCCAGUACACCAGCCUUGUCCUGUGGAAGUUCUGCCUCCGCCACCCAGAGGUCCGCGACGUCUGCGAUAUCGGCCAGAUGCUGUUCUGGGGCAAGAGCUGGGCCUGGUACGCCACCGCCGUCAUGUUCAUCCUCAACAACACCUUCAUCCAGGCCCUGCACGUCCUCGUCGGCGCAGAGUACCUCAAUACCAUGACGGACAAGAGCUCCGUGGGCGGCUGCCGCACCAUCGAGUUCGGCGUCGUCGUCACAGUCGCCUGCUUCCUCCUCUCACUGCCCCGCACCUUCAGCGUCCUGUCCAAGCUGGGCACUGCCUCGGCCGCCUUCACUUUCAUCUCGGUCGUCCUCGCUACCGCCUUCGCCGGUGCUCAGGGAAAGCCUGCCGGCUAUGACCCUGCUACCCUCGGUGAACCCGUUGUCUCGGCCUUCCCACCCAGGAGCGUCACUUUUGUCCAGGGUGUCUCGGCCUUUCUCAACAUCAGCUACACCUUUAUCGGUCAGAUCACCAUUCCCAGCUUCAUUGCUGAGAUGCGUGAGCCCAAGGACUUUCCCAAAUCUCUCUGGGCCUGUACCAUUGCCGAAAUCAUCAUCUUCAGUAUCGUCGGCGGCGUCAUCUACGCCUACACCGGAACCCAGUACAUGGCCUCGCCGGCCUUUGGCAUCCUCGACGAGACGUACAAGAAGCUUUCCUUCUCCUUCAUGGUGCCCACAAUUCUCUUCCUCGGUAGCCUAUAUGCUAGCGUCACCAGUCGCUUCAUCUUCUUCCGCGCCUUCAAGGGCACCGUCCACAUCAAUGAGCACACUCUUAUGGGAUGGUUGGGAUGGGCUGCGAUUCUGGGCCUCACCUGGAUUGCUGCCUUUAUCAUUGCCAAUGUCAUUCCCUUUUUCUCAUCUCUCCUCUCUGUCAUGUCUUCACUCUUCGACUGCUGGUUUGGCUUCAUCUUCUGGGGAGUAGCCUACUUCCGCAUGCGCACCGCCGACAGGUCCGUCGGCCGCAAAGAGACCCUCAUCAUCGAUGCCUUCGGCAUGAUCUCCAAUGUCUUCUUGAUCGCCAUCGGCAUCUUCUUCAUCUCGGUCGGCACCUACGCCAGUGUCCAGAGCAUCAUUGACUCGUUCGAGGCGGGCGAGGUACCGGGAGUGUUUAGCUGUGCGAGCAACGGGAUAUGA